AUGGGUCACGAUGAAACUGUGCUGAAUGACAAACGGACCCAGGUUCCGUAUGUUUCCAAUUCCAUGUUGAGUGGCAACAUGAAGGAGAUUUACAAGGCCAUGAAGAAAACUCGUAAAAUGCAGAAAAUGUUGCAAAAUUUAAUGGGAGAUUUGAAUGAAGAAAUGCAUUAUCGGGACCGUCACGGCAAGCAAGGACAUCAUGGACGUCGUCAUCGUUCUCGAUCACGCUCCGUCUCAUCAACAACAAGCACAAGUAGUAGUGGUAGCAGUGUAACUAGCCGUUCAAGAUCACGCUCCCAUUCAAGGGGUCGUCAUGACCGCAGUAAAAUGCGCCAUGGAAAUCGUUCGCAUUCUCAUGAUCGCCAUGGUCAUAGAAUGCGUUCACGCUCGCGUUCUCGUUCGGUGUCAGUGGAUCGUCAUGGUCAUCGUCUACGUCGUGUUAGUCGCUCUCGUUCCCGUUCAUUGUCCUGGGGACGUCUCGGCAAGGGUCGUCAUCGUUCACGCUCUGUAUCCUGGGGACGUCAUCAUGGUCAUGGUAGACAUCGUUCCCGUUCUCUGUCGUGGGAACGAAACGGCAAAACUUUAAGACAUCAUCAUGGCCACCGUAUUCGUUCACGUUCCCGUUCGUUAUCAUUGGAUCAUCAUGGACAUCGUAUACGUCGUCAUUUGAGCCAUUCUCGUUCGCGUUCAAUGUCCUGGGGACGCCAUCAUGGUCAUCGGAGACAUCGUUCCCGUUCCGUGUCUUCGCGACGUCAUGGUCACGGAAGACGUCAUUUGAGCCAUUCUCGUUCCCGUUCAAUGUCCUGGGGACGACAUCACGGUCAUCGGAGACAUCGUUCCCGUUCCGUGUCUUUGCGACGUCAUGGUCACGGAAGACGUAAUUUGAGCCAUUCUAGUUCCCGUUCAAUGUACUGGGGACGACAUCACGGUCAUGGUAGACAUCGUUCACGUUCCGUGUCUUCGCGACGUCAUGACGUGUCCUGGAAUCGACAUGGAAAACGUUGGCGUCGCAUCAGCCGUUCUCGUUCUCUAUCUGUGGGUAGGCACCAUGACCAUGGUAAGCGCCAUAUGAAUCGUUCACGCUCCCGUUCUUUAUCUGUGGGACGUCAUGUUCACCGCCGGCACCACUUGAGUCGAUCCCGCUCGAUUUCUUUGGAUCGUUAUGGCCAUCACCAUCGUCAUUUGGGAAGCAAUCACUUGAGCCGCUCUCAUGGACAUCACCGGCGUAGCGUUAGUCGUUCUCGAUCUACAUCCCCUCAUCGUCGUCAUGGACAUCAUCACAUGUAUCACGAUAGGAAAUCAUCCAAAUGGAUGAAACAUGGAAAUCUUAGUUCCUCAACUUCGACAUCCGGCACCAGCAGCAGCAGCAGUGAUAGCAGUUCUGAGAAUGAAUUACAUUUGGAUCGUCAUGCUAUGCGAAAAAUCCUAAGAAACCCUGAUUGCCCUUGGAUGAAAGGAAAUGUUGUCAAAUGUUGCGGCAAACGUUGGCUCAUGAAUCCCAUGAUGAUGCAAAAUCCUUGGAUGAUGAUGAUGGACAAUCCAAUGAUGAUGAUGCCUUUGAAGAAAACACACCAUGGCAAAGGUUCGCAUCACCGCAAAUAA